AUGCGUUUCUCCGCCACUGCUCUUGCCCUCGUGGCCCCCUUGGUCUCCGCCAUUGAGUUCACCAGCCCAUCCAUAAACUCUACCGUCACCAAGGGCUCCAGCUAUGAGCUGACCUGGAAGGCUGUCGACACGGACCCGUCUGCUUUCAGCAUCUUCCUCGUCAACUUCGUCAACUGGCCGCCUUCCUACACUCUUUUGGCUGAAAACAUUGAGACCUCUGCCGGGGCCGUCUCCGUCGACGUUCCCUGCUCCGCCAGCAACUCUUAUGGCUACCAAUUCAAUGCCAUCAACGGCACCAACGUCUACGUCAUCUACGCGCAGACGCCUAAGUUCUCCAUCUCCGGAGCCGACUGCACAGGCCCGACCACGCUGCCCCCGGCUUCGCCCUCCAUCUGUGCGCCACCGAGCACCGUCACUGUCACGGUGAGCAAGACCCUUUCUAGAAACUCCACCGCGGUGGCGACGGGCGGUAUCUCGGCGGCCCAGAGCAAGAUCACGACCCCCGCCGCCGUCUCGGCCUCCUCCCAAACCACUUCUUCACCCGUCUUCCAUGGCACUUGUCCUGACAUCAUUGGCUGGGCUUCAGACUACUAUCACCCGGUAGCUCUCACCAAGCCCCCUCGCCACCCCGACAACGCCGCCGCCUUCGCCCUGCCCACCAAUGCCCCCCUCAACCGGCGGCGAUGA